AUGUUUGCCAAGAUUUUCAGCGCUUUCCUGCUCAUUACUGCCGUGACGGCGAAGCUUCACGACAACUGUGCUUGCCACAACGGCGAUAGCUACAACUGGCGUUUGACUGCCGCUGCAUGCACAGAGUAUAAUGAUGAAGGCUACGAGUGGGGCGGUGCUACCUAUAAUGAGACGUCUGGUCGCUGUGCCCAAGCCACCACUGAAGACAAGAUCGCCGGUGAUCAGUGGGAGGAUGCUUGCAGGAAGAUCGCUGAGGAGGGCUACGACUGCGCCGAUGGAGAAGGGAAGUGCUACGCCAACCCCAAGAAGGUCCGUGGCAGAUGUUAAAGGCUUUGUAUAAUACCUGGCGGGGAGUGACUUCUGCCGAAGCGUUUGAAGACUCUUUCUUUUUCCGUGACCCAAGUCUUUGUUUGUAACCUGGCCAUAUUGACUCUAUCACAAAGUAUCUUAAUACUGAGC